CUUCUUUCUCAGCCUCUCUGUCUCUCCGAAUCUCAACUCGUUUCUCUCACGUCUCAGUCACCUCGCCGGAGUCCUCAAAGCCCGGCAUCGUCUGCUUCUGUCAUUAUCUCAUGGUUUUCUUCUAGUUGCAGCAAACAUAGCCAGCGAUCUCACGGUCUUCCCUCUCUUCUCUUCCUUCUCAUCUGCAUCUCUGAUUACCAAAUAUCACACCAGAGUCCAGACCACCAUCUCUGGGCGAGUACUUCUCAGAUUCUAGACCUGUGAGACGACGAUUGAGUGGCAAUAGCAAGGCAACAACAGUGUGGAGGAGAGCAAGCAAAGGAUAACUGGCAAUAGGGGCAAAGAGAAUAGCGUCCUGGCGUAUCUGCAAACGAAUAGUCAAUCUACCAUUGGGAGCGAGGAAGCCAGCUACUGAUCUUAUUAUUGUUUGAAAUUGAGUUUUGAGAGAUGGCCGAUGACGGUUUUGCUCCUCCAACGAGGUUGAUGAAUUUCGUCUCACAAGAACAGUUAGAGGAAGCUAGGAGAAAUCGAGGUGCACGAGUUGAUGAUGGCACUGCCCUGAGAGAGAGGCCCCUAUAUGAGAUUUUGAAGGAGAAUAAGGAUAAACGUGAUGCGGAAUUCAAUGAGCGGUUUAAGCAUAGACCACCGAAAGCUUUGGAUGAAGAUGAGACUGAGUUUCUUGAUAAACUAGAGAUGUCAAGGAGAGAACUCGAACGGCAAAUGGCAGAUGAAGAAGCCCAACUGCUGCAGGGUUUCCAAGCAGCGGUGGCAGCACAGUCCACUAUUGUACACGAGCUUAAGGAGACGCCCCCUGCUCCCAAAGUCGAGGAGCAAACUUUAGUUGGGAGGAAAAAUCCUCGGACUCGUCCUUUAGGGGCGAUUAUAAAAGUCAAGGCACAAGCAAAGAAAGCAAAGGUGGAUGAGGCAACUUCAGAAAAAUCUUUGGUUGCGGUGAGAGAAGCUAUUACUGUUGGUGGAGGAAAUCCGGUGGGAAAACACAAUAAUGUUGAUACAGAAAACAUCUUAGAGUCGAAGAAAACACCUACACCCAAUAAUGUGGAUGUGGAUACAGAAAAGGUAUUGGAGUCGGCGAGAACAUCUGCUAUGGGGGAUAGUAAGGUGUUGCAUGUCGUUUCUAAUAGUGGCCUGGUUUCCUACAGUGAUGAAAGUGAAGAGGAUGAUUAGUUUAGUUUUGCCGUGAAUAUGAAUGUGAUUUUCAAGGAACCAACCAACUUGUCAAUAUUUUAUUUAUUUAUGGUUUAUUAGUUUGUUUCCAUAUGGAUUCCCAGCACAUCACACUCACUAACACAAGGUGUGCGGACACACAUGCUCGUCGUGGAAACGACAACUAUGUAUAACGCAACACAAACCACUAACUUUAGGGUGCAGUUUGAGGGCAGAAUGGAUAGGAUAGGAUAGGAUAGUUAUGAGGCCCCAAUCUCAGCGCCCACAAUAUUUAAUUUGAACUUAUUAAUGCCUCUGGAAAGCUGUCUGCCCUCUCUUAUUGCACCGUGUAAUAUUAGACUGAUAAAAAAU